AUGAUCGCCGCGCACGGCAAGGGAAAGAGCGACGGCGUGAGCGCGCUUCUGAAGCACAUGGAGAAACACGCGCCGGAGUACGCGGCGAGGGUGUUACGGACGGUGUUACGCGCGGAGAGCGAGGCGGGAGGAAGGGAGUUCACGGAGGGGGAACUGUUGCGCGCGGCGAGAAGGGCGUACAGAGUCGCGUUGCGGCCGAGGACGCCGAUGACGCCGCAGAAGGUGGGGCACGCGCACGGCCGCCGCGUCAAGCACGAGUGA